AGGAGCCUGAGGUGCGAGCGAGCGCUGAGCAAGCGCAGUGCGCCCGCCGGGCAGGCAGUUCCUUCCUUAGUCGGUAUGAGCGGCGGAGGGACCGAGGCCCCUUCGGGGGGCGAGAGCGCCCCCACCCCCGCCGCGGUCCCGGCAGGAGGCAAGAAACGAGAUUCGCAGGGACCGGCGAGCUCGCCAGUUCACCUAAUUAUCAAGGAUCUGGGAGAGAUUCAUUCUAGGCUGUUAGAUCAUCGACCAAUUAUUCAAGGAGAAACACGUUACUUUGUGAAAGAAUUUGAAGAAAAACGGGGCCUCCGAGAAGUGAGAGUUCUUGAGAAUUUGAAGAAUGUAAUCCAGGAGACAAAUGAACAGAUUCUUCCUAAAUGUAGAGAAACAAUGCAGGAUCACCUGAGCCAGACUCUGCAGAGAUUGCAAGCAGCCAGCCAUUUAGUCCAUAAACUUCAGCAGAAGGAACAGGAACAAAGAAAGCUUAAUAAUGAAUACUUAUUGAUUAGUGAAAAACAGCGCAUAACCCAAUGGGAAGAUUUCAUGAAAGAACAACACAACAAGCAGGCUGCAGUGGAUGAAGAGCACAAAAAAGCCACGGAACGUCUUAAAGAACAAUAUGUGGAGAUGGAGAAAGAUCUAGCUAAAUUUUCAUCUUUUUAAGAACUUGAAUAACAACAAUACAAUACAAAAACUUUUCUCUCCACUGUGCCAAAAAAAAAAUCACCAGACUUGUCCUCUGUUACAAACUUAGCAAUAUGUUUUGGUGGUAAUGCUAUAUCAAAAGAGUUGAUAAUAAAGAUGAAAACUUUUGGUAGAGUUCAGAUUUAAUGUUCAUUAUAAAAAGAAAAGAGUCCUAUAUGCCUCCAACUUUAAGUGCCUCUGUAUAAUUAUUUAGGUGGGGGAAGUAGGAGGAAGAAUGGAAUGAAUUAAUUCUUAGACCAUCAGAAUUUUUAGUCUGUCCAUGCCCACUGAAUAGAUAAGAAAAUGGCAAAUGUAGCAGAAUUCUCAGGCUAUGAAAGAUAAUCUAAUCCAUUCUCAUACAUGAGAGUUCAUGUUGGAUUAUUAUGCUUGUUUAGACAAUGUAUACAAUUAAUUACCAGUCAUCCCCAGACCAUAGGAGGGGAAUGCAUAUUGUUCUUAUGUGAGUGAUAUUCACAAACUACUAGCCUUGAAACAGCUUGGAGUAAAGAGCUGAAAAUCAAAAUGGUUUCAGCAACAGCAGUGUCUUUGUUGAACAAUAAACUGCUUACUUUAGGAUAUUGAUAUGAACUGUGUAGUCAUAUCAUGACUACAUAUUCCAGUGGACUGAGACAGCAAGAUUUUCUCUUACAAAGACUAGUGGCCUUUUAACCAUGUAAGAUUUUGAACUUUCAAAAUUUGUUUAGGGAAGAGCUUACCAAAAAUCUGGGUUAUGCUUUUUACCCUUUUCAAGAAUCAUGAUCUUACCCAUAGUAUUUACCUCAUUAUAUGUCUGUUUUGCAGGGGAUUAAGCUUUUUAGGUUAAAUAGUAUGCACACAUUUUACAGCUAUUGGAGUAAUCGUUCCCUCUGGGACUGUAUAUGUAUUCUGGCUCUGGGAGAACCAAAAAUGUUGGCUCCUAUGGCAGAAAGGCCAUGUUAGAUAUCAAGAUAUUUUUAGUGAUAAUGUGUGUUCUCAUAAGCAAAUGUAUUAUGGUAUAAAAUGUAACAAUGCUGUCAUCACUGUGACCUUUAAAAUAUGCAUUUAACAAUCUUACCUGGAGAAUGUAAGUUGUAUUUCUUUAGUCUUUGUAAAUCAAGAAGAAAUCAAAUGCAAUAAUAACGGGAGGAUAUGUGUUGCAAAUGAAUCCUAAAGCAUGGAUAAAUAUUUCAAAUUAUAUUAUAACUGCUGUGCAGUGAAGAAGGGAACAAGAAAAAAAAAUCCAGCUCUUGUUAUCUCAGCGUUGUGACUACAUAAAGUUGACAAUGGUUGCCUGUGUAAAUUUAUGGCUUAGUGUCAAAGCUCCAUUCUUGGCAGCAUGUUGAAAAUGUGAUUAAAGUUAGUAGAGGAGACAGAAUAAGUAUUUGAGAUUUCUUUCAAUAACACUGAACUUCAGCCAACUUUCUCUGUCUGCUACCGUAAGCCUGACAGGUUCAUCAAUCAUCCUGUGGUACAUGGAGUAAAAAGAGUCCUUGCCGACAGUAAGGCAUGUUGGAAUUUUGUUAAUUCUCUUUAGUGGAUGGGAAAAAAAAACGUAGCUCUAAAAUAUCCCAUACGUGAAAAGUAAGGAAAGCCUUAAAUAAAAAUCCCUUUUUGAAUGGAAGGUGGUUUCUGGAAUAUCUUUACAUGUAAGUACAUCCAACGACGAAUGGGUGCUAUAACUAAAAAAUUAGGUCUAUGUGCUUCAUCAAGAAUAUGUUCAAAAAGAUGAUUGCCUGACUGGGGUCUAAUUUUUCUGUUUGCUUGUGUUCAAGCUCAGUUAAAAUGAGCUUACUUUACCUUAUACAAGGUAAAGAACUUCUAAUCUAAAAUCAUUUCUCAAGAAUUAUUAACAUUGAGGAUUGAAAAUGGAAAAUGUAUUCUCUGUAACAACUCUUAAUCGUAUCUCUUUCAAUAGAGUUCAUUUCUGGAUAAUGAUUUCCUAGUAGUGGAUGCUAUCCCUUCUGUUGCCCAGAAUGACCAAAUCACUUUUGGUCUGUACUAUAGACAAGUGUUAGGGGGACAACAAUAAAAAAGUUUCAGUAAUUUGCUUCAGAUUUGUUAAAAAAAAAAAAAAGAUACGAGUUACUAUAUAGAAACAUAACUUUUGAUGUAUUUUUGUUGUAAACAAAAUGAAGAUUUAGUAAAAUCAACUGAAGAAUUAUCUUUUCAGUCUUAAAACAUAACUGUGCUGUACUGCUAACCAUAUACAUAUAUAUAUAUAUAUAUAUCUCAGAGGCUUCACUAAAUGCUUAUUCUUGUCAUUGAUAAUGCCUUAUGCAUUGUAACAGGCUGCUUCUAGUUGUAUUGCCAUUUAUAAGCAGGUGAAGGGGAAGCAGAACAGGGCAGCAUUAUACUCUCCCACCCCAUAUGCUUUAUAAUUUUGGACUCUUUCCAGGGUGUUUGGGUUAUUAUUGUGGUUUGUAGAAAUGUCACCCCAAAUAAUAUGGAUGAAAGAUCAUAGAUUUAGAACUAGAAGGGACCUUGGAGACUAUCUAGUGCAACUACAUCAUUUGCAGAUGAAGAAACCGAGGCCAGAAAGACUGAGUGAUUUAUAUACAACUAAUAAGUGACAGAGGCAGGAUUUAAUAUAAAUAUAUGUUUUCUGUAUCAGUAGUUAUGAACUGUGCUAUGAAACACUUGGGUAUCACAAGUACCAAAGGGAAUUCUCCCCUUUGCUUCCAGAAGGACACUAAUUGUACAUGCAUGAAAAUCUCCAUCUACCCGCUGAAGCAUUUUAAGAGUGAGCUUGUGCCAGUUAUAUUGCCCUAGACACUUAGGGCCAGGGCUGUUUAUUUUUGUCUCAAGAGGAAAGGUGCAACUUAAAAAUGAAUUUAAGUUGUCUUCAGUCAAAACAUUUGGGGACCACUGCCAUGGAUAUUUAUCUAAUGCUUUGCCGAGUUCUUAAGAAGAACUUUACAAACAUGUUAUUUUUCAACAGCAUUAUUAUGAAUUGAAGCAUGUAGCAAGUAUUGUUCCCAUUGUAAAAGUGUAAUCAUUGAACUGUUGAAUAGUUGUAACCCAGGGCUAUAAAUGUGUCAUUGCUGAAUUGGGAAAUAGAAGCUGGAUUCAUUAAUAUACUUCCACUAUAUAUACUCCUUUUCUUCCACAACUACUAAAUACCAUGCUAUUUUUAGUGACACAACUAGCAUCAUCAGCAAAACUGUAUAUAAAUCUUUGCAUAGACUAAAAUGUUCACUUCAUAAGGGAUGAUUUAAAACUAUUCCAAAGACAAAAAGUAUUAAGUGUGCUCCAUAAGUAAUGAUAAUAUAUACAUAUAUAUUUUAUAAGGUGAUGCAUUUCUAUCAAAAAUAAAAUUGUUAUGUUCUUUUAAA